AUGAGUACCACCAUCCCCCUCUAUCCCAUCACCCCUGACUUCUCCAUCUUCAUGCUUGGUCCACCCCCAACCAUCUACACCACUCCCUCCCUCACGGUCAACCUCGUCUGCCGCAUCUUCUUCGGCAUCCUCGCCAACCUCAUCUGCCUCAUCCCCCUUCAACUGCUCUACCGCAACGGAGAAUUCGCCGCCGUCGUCUUCAUCCUCAACAUGGAGUUGGAGAACCUGCGCAACAUCGUCAAUGCUCUCAUCUGGCGCAACGACGAUGUGGAAUCGUGGUGGCCAGGUUACGGUUUGUGUGACGUCGACGGCCACCUGCACAACUUUUGUAUCAGUCUCUACGCCACAUGCCUGCUGGCCAUCAUGCGGAACCUGGCCAUCCAGGUCGGUAGUCUGAGAGCCAACCCUCCCUCUCGCAGGGAGAAACGAAGACGCAACAUCAUCCAGGCUCUCAUCAUAUUCCCAUUGCCGCUGGUGCAGGUUGCCUGGACGUAUCCUCUUGCACAGCAGCGAUAUUACGUCGGCACCUUGGUUGGGUGUUUCUGGCCGAAUGCUUCUGCCUGGCCUACUAUCGUCUUCGAAAUUCUCCCACAGGCAAUUGUGUCUGUUAUCACUGCCGGCUAUGCGGUCUUCAUUUACAUACGCUUCCGCCAGAUCACAAAGUCAACUCAAUCUGCCCUCUCCAGCAACCCCCUUGCUCACGUCCGCAACCAACGAGCCCGCCGCCGUCUCUAUCUCAUGGUCAUCUCCAUUCUUAUACCCUUCCUUCCUGUCAUCCUCGCGCUGGCAGCCAUCAACAUUGUCAAUACUUUGCCAUUAGAGCCUUUCGACUUCAAAGCCAUCCAUAGUAAUGAUCGAUCGGUCCCCUGGAACACUAUUAUGUAUAUACCCAGCAGCCAGAUAGGAUGGAUGUUUACGAACAUCUGCUACGUACCCAUCGUAACAGCGAUACCGGUAUUCGUCUUCUUCGGCAUGACCAAAGACGCCAUGAACUGCUAUCGAGUUAUUCUCUUCAACACGGCAUCAACAAGAUCCUCCAGAAAGAAUCCAGCCUCCUCGGGCGUCCUCUCAAACAUUUUGUCCAACCAAACCACAUCGUCAGCUCUCCAACAACCUCUUCCCACGGCAUCCCUCCCCAUACACAACCAAGACGUCCCCAUUCAAUUGCCUCAGCCAAAUCCAUUUCUCUUCCGCACCCGCCUCAACUUCUCUCUUCCAUUCAGUCUUUCGCUCUUCAAGGUUCCAGAGACAAAGACAUCUUCAACUCCACUGGAACCACUCAGUUAUCAACCCACUCACCAAUCCGCCUGGUCAGACGAGGAAGCCAAGCUCUUUGUCCCUUCUUCAGCUUCUGCUUCGGACGAUAGAGGUAACGAAAACGAUCAUCUUGCCAUCACGGCUCUUCCACCAGUGCUAGUACUCGACUCUACACUGGACCGGUCCAAUAGCGAAAGGAAACAUUAG